AUGUCGAAAUGUGUCAGCAUUCAGCUCCUCAGGAUGAAUAAAGACAAUAUUAAUGAAAACGUAAGGAGAGUGCUAGCGAAAAAAGAAAGGAAAAGAUUGAAGGAGGAAAAGGAAUUAUAUAAAGCAGCUCAAGUAAUAAGUUCACAAAAUAAUGCACUCAGAAAAAUUAUAGCACAAAAACAAACGUCAUCAAGUUGUUUUGUUAGUAAAAUGAAAGAUAUUAAUAAAUCAUUUCCUCAUGUGAGAAGUAAGAAUGACAAAAAUUAUAUGAAGGAAAAUAGAAUAAAGAUGCAAGAAAAAAUAAAUAUGCAAAAACAGUUGUUACAAAAGCAAGAGGAAAUGAAAAAUAAAAAACCAUUCAAAAUGAAAAAAUUCGAAAAAGUUGUUUCUAAAGUAGCAAAGAAUUUACGAGCUAGUGAAGAAAGAAGCGAAAAUACAAAGGAGAACAUAAAUGAGGAGGGUAGUAAGCUAGGUGCUCAAAGACAAGGUAUAGGUCGGAAUGCGCCAGGAGGUGGAACUAGUCAGCAGGUAAACGUGAAUGAAGAGAAAGACGAAGCAGAGGCGGCAGACGAAGAAGAGUACGAAGAGGUAGAGGAAUACGUGGAAGAUGAGGAAGAAUAUGAGGAGGUUGAGGAAAAUGUUGAAGACGAAUAUGAAGGGGAAGAAUCACAAGCUGAAGGGAACGCAAAGGGAGAACAACAUUAUGAAGAAUAUGAAGAAUAUGAAGAAUAUGAAGAAUACGAAGAGGAAGGAGUGGACGAAGGAGUGGACGAAGAAGUGGACGAAGAAGUGGACGAAGAAGUGGACGAAGAAGUGGACGAAGACGUGGAAGAAGACGUGGAAGAAGACGCGGAUGAACAGAUGAUGCGAAUAGACCAAAUGGGAAACGAGAAAAGAGAAGACGAAGGAGUCCGAAACGAAAAAAGCAUUAUAGAUAAAUUCAAAGAAAGAGAGAAUAAACAAAAAAAGGACAAGGGGAAAAAGGAAAAUUUGCAUAAAAAUUACGGAAAACUUCCAAAUUAUAUUUUAAAAAAAAAAAAAGAUGUUGCAGAUGAACCUGGAGAUGUGCCUGAAGGGUAUCGAGUUUUAAAAAACGAUGAAAGAAAUUAUGUUUUAAAAGAAUUACAUUCGCAAUUAAAAGAGAUUAAUAAAGAAUAUAAAAACAAUAAGGAUACGGGAAAAAAAAUUGAACUUGGAAAAAAAUUAAAAGAAAUAAAAGAAUCUAUUGAGUUGUUCAGUAACCCUUAUGUUGUCGUGGAUGAAAACUUUUAA